CAUUUAAAUCAAACACACACGUCUGUCCGUGCACACUUGUCUGAUCUCCUCCCUGCUGCAGCUGCAGGAUCACAAAAUGACCAGAACGGAAACGAGGACGCGCCACGGUGGGAAGCAGCAGAGCGGGGAUGCGGCGGCGGCGGCGGCAGAGCCGUGGACGGCCGAGGACGUGUUUGACGACACGUACAGAGAGAAGGACGGCCCCAAGCCUCCGACGGUCCUGGUGUGGAGGAACAUCGUGCUGAUGUCGCUGCUGCACGUCGGCGCGCUCUACGGACUGAUCCUGAUCCCGCGCGCCUCCACGCCCACCCUCCUGUGGACUGUGGUUUGCUAUUUCAUCAGCGCUCUUGGCGUGACUGCAGGGUGCACACAGUUGUGGAGCCACAGAUCCUACAAAGCAUCUUUACCACUGCGAAUCUUCCUCGCCAUCGGUAACUCCAUGGCCUUUCAGAAUGACAUCUAUGAAUGGGCUCGGGACCACCGGGUCCACCACAAGGUACGCAGAACUGAUGCGGACCCCCACAACGCUACCCGAGGGUUCUUCUUCUCCCACAUUGGAUGGCUACUGGUUCGCAAGCAUCCUGAUGUCAUUGAAAAAGGACGAAAACUGGAGCUGUCAGACCUGAAGGCAGAUAAAGUGGUCAUGUUUCAAAGACGGCAUUAUAAGUUGUCUGUGGUGAUUCUUUGCUUCCUGGUGCCCACGCUGGUUCCCUGGUUCCUGUGGGGGGAAUCCUUGGUAGUGGGAUAUUUCCUGCCUGGCCUUCUGAGGUACACUGUGGUGCUUAAUGCCGCCUGGCUUGUGAACAGCGCCGCACACAUGUGGGGCAACCGCCCAUAUGACGUGACCAUUAACCCAAGAGAAAACCCGCUGGUCGCUAUCAGUGCCAUAGGGGAAGGCUUCCACAAUUUCCAUCACACAUUCCCCUUUGACUAUUCCACCAGCGAGUUUGGCUGCAAACUCAAUCUGACCACUGCUUUUAUUGACCUCAUGUGCCGCCUGGGUUUCGCCAAGGACUGCAGAAGAGUCUCAAAGGAAAUGGUUGUUGCUCGCAAGCAGCGGACUGGGGAUGGCAGUAGCAAUAGUGGAUGAAUCUCACACACUACAAACUAUAUUUGAUGCCAACCUGUUUGAACCAAGGCACAGCGUAGCAACACUGAUAGGAGCAUUUCAAUGAGGCAGAUGACUACUAUGUUUAUAAUCAACUUAAACCUUCUUAAACCGUGAAAUUUGUGGGCCUCUUCCAGUUUAGCAAUGUCCACACACACACACACACACACACACAC